AUGGCUCCAGACCUAGGCACUGAAGCAGUAUCAGCCCAGGCCCGCCUCGCCGGCCGCAAGACAGUCUCGGAGGUCCUAUCCAUUUACUUUGGGUCCCUGACGGCGAGUGGCGGCGGCAAGCACCAAGGGUCUGGAGUCAUAAGUGGGUUUCAUUUUGGAGGAAUUGGUACCCCUUCAGGUGGGUUCACUUUUGGCUCUGCAAAGACGAUAGCCACCACUUCAGCUACCGGGUUUACGUUCUCUACACCCGUGAUUACAGGGGGUUUGGGGCUGGGUACCAAGCAAUGUCCCAUUACACUGGGUGACAGCAUCCAGCCUUUUGCUUUUGGCUCUGCUAUUCAGUCUGCACCUGCCACAGGUUUGUCCUUCAUCAGUGAAAGUACACCUCAGACUGGGAGGGCCAGUUUCAAUGCUGUCUCUGCAGUGGAGAAUGCAGCGCAACCAAUAGCAUUUGCAGGAUUACCCCUCACUCCUGCUACUCAGCGUCUGGUAGCACAGUUACUACACAAUCAAUCGUUCCUUUCAACCUUGGUGGAUGGCCCACACAGGUGUGCAAGUUUGGCUUCAGCAUCGACUGCUGACGCCACUACUUGUUCAAGCACCAUGCUGUUUACUUCAAUGUCAAACGCUUCUACUUCUGCUGCUACUGGGCUCUCUUUUGGUGCUCCAGCAACUUCGACUGGAACAUUUGGUGGCAUAACUUUGGGAUUUGGAUUAAAAUUCCCUGGAGCAGAUGGAGCAGCUCAUACUGCUUCUACUACAGCAUCAACGACGACCACCACCACUGUCACCACCACCACCACUACUACCACAACCACCAGUGGCUUUACCUUGAACCUAAGGUCACUGACAUCAUCUGGGAUUAAUAACAUUGUUCCAGUCGGUAUUAAUUCCCUACCAUUUACUUCGACUGUUAAUGCAAUUGUAACUCCCGUGAUGACAUAUGGUCAGCUGGAGGGUCUGAUAAACAAAUGGAGCCUUGAUUUAGAGGAUCAAGAGAAGUACUUUCUUCACCAGUCCGCUCAGGUCAAUGCUUGGGACCGUACAUUGAUUGAAAAUGGUGAGAAGAUUACUACUUUACAUGGAGAAGUGGAAAAAGUGAAACUGGAUCAGCAGAGGCUGGAACAAGAAUUGGAUUUUAUCCUGUCACAGCAGAAGGAACUGGAAGAUCUCUUGACCCCUUUAGAGGAGUUUGUGAAGGACCAGAGUGGGUCUGCUUAUCUGCAGCAUGCAGAUGAGGGGCAUGGAAAGACUUACAAAUUAGCAGAAAAUAUAGAUGCUCAGCUGAAACGAAUGGCCCAAGAUCUCAAGGACAUUAUCGAGCACCUGAAUACAUUUGGAAGUCCUGCUGACACUACUGACCCGCUUCAGCAGAUCUGCAAGAUCCUGAAUGCUCAUAUGGACUCUCUACAGUGGAUUAAUCGGAAUUCAGAUAGAGGAGAACCAUUAAUGCAGGUGAUGUGGUCAAACUUGUGUCUGAUCACGGGCUACACUGCAGAAGAUGGACCUGGGGCCCAACCGGAAACAGCAGCUCUGCGCGACUACAAUUCCCAGAGCCCCGCACUCCACCACAAUCCCCUUAGAGUCGGCCGCACAGAGUUCUGGGACUUGAAGUCCGCGGCCUAUUCAUCCAAGUUAGAGAUAGGGGCCUGUGGAAACAUGAAGAGGUAA